AUGUGGAAUGAUCUUAAUGAAACCAAGAAAGUUAAUGUUGAUUUAAUGAGUCCUAUGAAUAAUUUGAUUCAAAUAUAUAACUGUUAUGUAAAUCAUGUCGGCACAGUCGUAACUAGAGAUAAUUCUUAUUUUUGGCGCAAAAUAGAUAGUGAAGAUCGACUUGAUCUAGGUAAUUUUAGUGUCAUUGGACACUAUCCACACAUUUUUGCUAUUGGAUAUGGAGAAGUUAAUACUAAUUUUGGUCAUUGCUUAGAAGAUUUAGCGACACCUUUAUUAUAUUUUAUUAGUUAUGUUCCAAAAGAACUUACAAAAAACGCUUAUUUUAUUUAUAAUGGAUUUCCUCCAGUUUUUGAUAUUAUAUUAGAAUUAUUUAAUAUUCCCCAGAAUAGAGUGAUAAGAUUUGAAAACAAAUCAUUUGUAUCAUGCGAUAUUUGCAGUACUAUUACAAAUCCAGUACCUUUCAUAAACUUUUUCGGUAUCCAUGGAAAAAGAUUGCAUGAAUAUUUCCUUGAUAAAUUCGAACUCAGGAAAAUAAAACCAAAGCGAUAUAUAUUCACAAACAGGCCAGAAGAUAAACCGAGAUGUAUUCAUAAUUUAGAAGAAAUCAUGGAUUUGACUAAACUAAUGAUUCCAAAAAUAAAAUGGGAAUAUCAAGAAGAUAUCUACAAUUUAGCUGAAGCUUCAAAAGUUUGGGCAUCUGUAAAGUUUUGGUUUUGCCCAGUAGGAUCUAAUGUAUUUAAAUGCUAUUUAAUGCAUCCUUUGACAGUAAUUGUUGUUGCUUCUUGUUAUUGCGCAGAUGCUCCUACAUCAGCUGCUAUAAUUUCUGGAGAUAUUUUUUGUUUAAUGUAUAAUGGAAUUGGCGGAUAUUAA